AUGACCGUUCAAAACUAUCAAAUCCCCGCCAUCUACGCGCGGGCGAUCGAGAAGUACAAAGAAAUUACCAAGGAGGAUCUCGAUGUCGCUUUCGUUCAGAAGCUCCAGAGCGUAGAUGACCUGGCCAAAGAGAUCGAUGAGCGUAACAAAUCCUUCAGCGAGUACCGCCACAAACGCGGCGCCAUCUUUGAUGCCAUGCAGGCGGCUCUCAUUCCGGUCCAGCUGUUCGGCAAUAUGGCAGCCGGAGGCGCGUCGAUGGUCUUUCCCCCCAGCAGUCUUGUCUUUGGAGCAGUGACCUACCUCAUGACGGCUGCCAAAGGAGUGUCGAGCUCCUACGAUGCCAUUGAAGAUCUGAUGGGAACACUGAAGGAUUUCACCAUCCGAUUGAAAGCCUACAGUCAAGAGCAAAUCUCCGAAGAUCUUAGUGACAAGCUGAGCGACAUUCUUACAACACUGGUGGAAAUCUUCGCCCUUUCAACCAAGGCUAUCAAGCGAGGUAGACUGCUCAAAUUCACUCGCAACGUCCUUCUGGGCAACGAUGACGCCAUCAAAGCAGCGGUGGGUAAAUUGGAUAAGUUGACCAAGGUCGAAGCGAGUCUCGUCGGUGCCGAAACCCUGACCGAGGCCAAACGGACAGGCCGCGUGGUGGACACUCUCCAAACCACGGUCACGUCGACCAAUGUCACGGUGCAGGAGACGGGAAUGGCCGUCAAUCAGAUGACCGUGCAGGUCACCGAGGUACAUGAGAUGCUGGGCAACAUAUUGAUCGCCGUGAACGACAAGGACGAAAAUCACGGGGAAUCGGCCAAGUCACAACGUGAUCUUGUGAGGAGCAUUCUGCGACCAUCCGCCACAGACUCGGCCCAAGAUUGGUACGACAAGAUCAGCAAAACCCGCGUUCCCGGCACAGGCGAUUGGAUUCGGCACGAAGACGUGUUCCAAGGCUGGAUGGAUGGACAUCUCCCGGUCAUGUUCAUCUCCGGCAAUCCUGGAGCUGGCAAAUCCUAUCUUUCAUCUAGCAUUAUCGCCUUCCUCAGAGACCAAUACCCGCAGGGGGUACAGCAUCCAUCACAUGCCUCCGUGGGGUACUUCUUCUUCAAGGACGACAACCCCACCACAAGGUCAUUCCACCAGGCUCUGCGGGAUCUCGCCUAUCAGAUCAGCAGGAAUGAUCCGGCAUAUGAAAAGUACCUUGCAACCCUUGGAGAUUACGGGAGUGCCAGCACUUUGGAAAGUGCGUGGCGGACCCUUUUUGUCAACUACUUCUUGAAGAAAGAAUCAAUCACGAGCAGGGUUUAUGUCCUCUUCGAUGCGGUGGAUGAGGCCUUUGAGGAGGAAAGACUGGUCUUCUUGCAGCUUGCCAAGGACAUUCUCGACUCCCCGAAUCGCGGCCGUUUGCAGUUGGCCAUGGUUGGACGGCCGCAUGUCAGCGAUCAGCUGGCUGAAGCGCUCGAAACCAACGUUCCGACAAUCUAUGUAACAACACUGAAGAAUUCCGCCGAUAUCGACCGAUACAUCAAAACCAGCAUUCAGAAAUCAGUGAUCUUGCGACGCGUCUCACCCGCUCUACGAAAGGAGAUCGCCGAAAAAUUGUCUGCAGGCGCGGAGGGCAUGUUUCUCUGGGUGAACCUGAUGCUGCAGGAGCUAGUCAAGAAGCGCAACGAGUCCAGUAUCCGUAAAAGCCUCGAGCAGGCGCCCAAGGGCCUGAAGGAGAUGCUGCGCCAUGUCCUUAUGAGCUUCUCUGCCAGUCUAACCGACGAAGAGUUGGACUUUCUCAACGAGCUCUUGCUGUGGGCCACCUGUGCCGUUCGUCCUCUGACUCUUGGCGAGGUGGAGGCAAUCCUUGAGUUGAAGUCGGCUGAGGGAGAUGGGAUGAUUUAUCUCGAAGGCGCCCUUCGCAAGCAAUUUGCUGCCUUCUUCAACCUCGACCGCGAGGAUGGCCUGACCACAACGGAGCUCCAGACCUUGGCAGACAGGGCAUAUGAGUCCGACGACGAAGAUGUUCCUAAGGAUGAGAGCGAUGACCAGGACGCUUUCGAAGACGUUGAGAACAUGAUAGACUUUGAUUCAAACAAGAAGUCGACCACCGUCACCUUCAGCCACGCGUCCCUGGGCGAUUUUUUCCGUGACCCAAACGAGGGCAAGGUCUCUGCCGCGGAGGAUAAACUGCCGGUCGGAGUCAUCUAUAACGAUGCCAAAGCUCAAGUCCUCAAGACGUGCCUAAAGAUCCUCACCGAUACUGAGUUUUCCGAGAAAGCUAAGGACUCCAGCCUCAUGCUGACCUACGCCGCAAGCAAUUGGGUGCAACACCUUCAUGUAGUGCAGCCCUCAGAGACCUCGCUCGAGGACAGGAAGGCAAUCGCCAGCAUGCUGGCCAAAAUGUUCGGUAUGGAAGAGUACAUGGCCAAAUGGGUGCCAAGGAGAAGCUGGGUCUCGACAAGCGAGAACCUCAAGGCCAUUCAGGGCUGGUGGGAUGAUGCCGGGAUUGUCGAGUCGCUUGCAGUCAAAGAGGCCGAGUUUGUGCUUUCCGUCAAGGAAAAACCUGGAGAGACGUUUCGACCCAUCGCUGAGUUUUGCACCAAAAAAUGGUUGGCUGAAGAUGACUGGUCACCCGCCGCCCCGGCGGCUAUGAUUAUCAGCUAUCUAAAGUGUCAAAGAGGGAUCGAUGAGGAUUUUAUUUUCUGUUUUGCACCGACUGCCGCAGAGGUCGUCGAGGCCGCCGAAUGGGCGCAGAUAGAGAAGACAUCCCGCUGGUACCAAAGGAUCGGCGUGGUGCUACGGCAGACUGGCCAUGUAGAAGAGGCUCUGGAGCAUUUUAGGAAAGCAACCGCCAUAGAUUCGAACAAUUGGAUUGCCAAAGCAGGCAUGGCCAUAGCACACGCGGGUAGGAAAGAAUGGGACACGGCCCUUGCGCUCGACGAGGAAGUAGAGGCACUUUUGGAAAAGCAGCUCAUUGACGAGCCUGAUCAGAAGAAAAGGCUAACUUCACAUCUGCACACAGCACUGGACCGCAUGGCAACCUGCUAUAAGGAGCUGGGACAGGCGGAGAAGCAUUAUCUGAAGAUCAAGAAAGCUCUUGCGGUUAAUCCCUACUGCAGCGCAUGCACAUUUGCGAUCCUGCGUUUCCAGAACGAAACGGGCCGGUUCGAAGAGACCAUGUCUCUUGUGAAAGAAUUCGCCGACGCAAAAGUUCCCGACAAAGAGUACAAUCGACUGACCGAGUUUCUAUGGCAGAUGCCAACUGUGGAUGAGGAGGUCGUCGAGUACUUGGCCUUCGCUGGCCAGGCCACAAAGAACCUCGACCUCAUAGUGCGUUCCUACCGCGACGCGGCCCGAGCCGGCCGAAAGUCGUCCCUGACGGUUGUCGCGGCUCAUUUGGACCUUUCGCUUGCGCGAAUCUAUUCCGAAUACACCCGAGAGGAAGACAAGGCGACGAAGCGGUGGGAGAGGAUCCUUAACACGUAUGGAUCUGCCAAGGAAGAAGGCGAGAUUGGCUCGGCCAAGGUGAUCGCCUCCUCUAAGUUGGCCCAACUUUGGCUGUGUCAUGCCCUCGAUGCCGGCGUGGGGUCCCCCGAGGCGGAGGAGUACGUCAGCCGAUUGGAGCAGCUGGUAGCACGGUACAAGACCGAGGACACGUCCGAUUUCUGGAUCGCCGCGCGGGCUCGAGCGAUUUCUCUGGGAGUGUGGUACCGCUUGACUGGCCGACACGAUGAGGCGCGCGCUCUGCUCGCUCCGUCCGUCAAACGGGCUAUACUGAUUUUAUCCGACGAUGAUCCAGAGAACGACAGCGCAGGUUUAACUGAUUUGCAAAAUGCUCUGCUCGCUGCCGGGGACGUCAAGAAUGUGAUUGCGAUUGCCUAUGCUCUCGGAGGAUAUGCGGAUAAAGACGAGCAGGAGAAUGAGGAAGACGAGUAUUGGUACACCUGCGAUGGACCGUGCCGAAAGGUGUCUUCAACGAUGGACGGCAUUUCGUUGUGCUCGAUCUGCUUUAACACGGGCUUUUGCAAGGAUUGCUCGGAGCUGCUGCGGACAGGGGCCAUGCCAUUCCAAGUAUGUAGUGCAAACCAUGUAAAGGACUUCGUAUAUAUUCCGCCUCGACCACAGAAGGUGGAGGCCAACCGAGUUCUGGUGGAAGGACAAGUUCUGACUUAUGAGGAAUGGCUCGCUCAGUUGAAGAAGGAAUGGAAAGUGUAA